CGGCAGCGGUAGUGACGCAUAUUGUCCUGACGAUGGCGGACGCCGGCUUACGCCGCGUGGUUCCCAGCGACCUGUAUCCCCUCGUGCUCGGCUUUCUGCGUGAUAACCAGCUCUCGGAGGUGGCCAAUAAGUUCGCCAAGGCAACAGGCGCUACCCAGCAGGAUGCCAAUGCCUCUUCUCUUUUGGACAUCUAUAGUUUUUGGCUCAACAGGUCCACCAAGGCUCCAAAACGGAAGUUACAAGCAAACGGGCCAGUGCCUAAGAAGACUAAGAAGAAGACUUCAUCCAGUGACAGCAGUGAAGACAGCAGUGAGGAGGAAAAAGCCCAAGGUCCUCCAGCUAGGAAAGCUGCUGUACCUCCCAAGCGUGCCUGUCUGCUUCAGCAACCUGGAAAGGCUGCAGCCAAAGCAUCAGAGAGCAGCAGCAGUGAAGAAUCCAGUGAUGAUGAGGAGGAAGACAAAAAGAAAAAACUUGUCCAGAAGGGAGUUAAGCCCCAAAGCAAGGCUGUCAAAGCUCCUCCUAAGAAGGUGGAGAGCUCUGAUUCUGAUUCGGACUCAAGCUCAGAGGAUGAGGCACCAAAGAACCAGAAGCCAAAGACAACACCUGUGACAGCUAAAGCUCAGACUAAAGUCCCCACCAAACCAGGUGCACCUGCUCGAGUAGCACCUAAAGUAGCCAAUGGCAAAGCAGCUAGCAGUAGCAGCAGUAGUAGCAGCAGCAGCAGCAGCAGCAGCAGUGAUGACUCAGAGGAGGAGAAGGCAGCAACCAUCUCUAAGAAGACUGUACCUAAGAAGCAGGCAGUUUCCAAGGCUCCAGUAAAAGCAGCUGCUACCCCUACCCAAAAGAGUUCCAGCAGUGAGGACUCCUCCAGUGAGGAGGAUGAGGAGGAGCAGAAAAGGCCCGUGAAGACAAAACCAGGUCCCUAUAGUUCAGUCCCCCCACCUUCUGCUCCCCCACCCAAGAAGUCCCUGGGAACCCAGGCUCCCAAGAAAGCUGCAGAGAAGAAACCGCCUGAGGAGAGCAGUGACGACAGUAGUGAUGAGUCUGAUUCAAGCUCUGAAGAAGAAAAGAAACUGCCAGCUAAGCCAGUCAUCUCUAAAGCUGCCUCUAAACCAGCUCCAGCAAAGAAGGCAGCAGAGAGCUCUUCAGACAGCUCAGACUCUGACAGUUCCGAAGAUGAAGCUUCUGCCAAGCCCGCCAGUGCCACCAAGAAUCCUUCAAGUAGGCCAGCUGCCACUCCCAAGCAGCCUACAGCUAAACCAGCCACAACUCUCAAACAGCCUAUAGGCAGUGGCCAGAAGCCUCUGGCCAGAAAGGCUGAUAGCAGCUCCAGUGAGGAGGAGAGCAGUUCUAGUGAGGAGGAGGAGGAGGAUAUGGAGAAGGCAAAGAAGACUGUGGCCACCCCAAAGUCCAAGGUGAUGGCCAAAGCAGCUCUAUCUUUUCCUGCCAAACAGGCCUCUCAGAGUGCUGGGGAUAGCAGCUCUGAUUCAGACAGCUCCAGCAAUGAGGAAGAGGAGGAAGAGAAGACAUCUAAACCCUUAGUUAAAAAGAAGCCACAUAAGACAGCAGGAGCUGUAGCCCCUUCCAAGCCAGCCUCCACAAAGACAGUCAAGUCUGAGAGCAGCAGCAGUUCUUCUGAUGAUUCCAGUGAGGAGGAGGAGGAGAAGCCCAAGGGCAAGGGUACUCCUAGACCACCAGUCCUUAAAACCAAUGGCACCUCUGCACUGACUGCCCAGAAUGGAAAAGCAGAUAGUGACAGCAAUGAGGAAGAGGAAGAAAAGACUAAGGCAGCAGUGGCAGUUUCUAAGCCAGGUUCAGGAAAGAAGCGAAAGCAGAAUGAGUCUGCCACAGAGGCGGAGACUCCGAGUCCAGCCAAGAAGAUAAAGCCUCAGACCCCCAACACAUUUCCAAAAAGGAAGAAAGCAGAAAAAAGGGCAUCAUCCCCAUUCCGAAGGAUCAGGGAGGAGGAAAUUGAGGUGGAUGCUCGAGUGGCAGACAAUUCCUUUGAUGCCAAGCGAGGUGCAGCCGGAGACUGGGGGGAACGAGCCAAUCAGGUCCUGAAGUUCACCAAAGGCAAAUCCUUCCGACAUGAGAAGACCAAGAAGAAACGGGGCAGUUACAGGGGAGGCUCCAUCUCUGUCCAGAGAUGUGUUCCCACAUAUAAAAGUUAUUGCCCAAGACAUAGCAAAGGUCACAUGUGUGAAUUUUUAUAAUUGGAGAAUUCUGCCUAGGUGAGUGCACAUGUCCACAUUUCAUCCCUCCUACCCCUCAAUCCUUGUGAGGGGCAGUUGAGAAUGGUUAAUGUAUAUGUCUGUUAAGCAUGCACUAACUGUGUAGUUCUUCCUCAUUCAUGUGGUCUAGGACUGAAGUUUUCAGCCAGCAUGGAUGUAGCUACUUUGGGAGAUAAACUUCACUGUUUGGUUACAGGCAAAAUUAUGGUGUGGUGUGAAUGCUGUGGAGUCAGUCUGAAUAUUUAUUUUCUGUAAUUUUAUCAUUAUUACAUAAUGAUAUUUGCAAUACAUGUUUUUAAAUUUGAAAGCAUAAAGUUUUCUAUUGUUCAAAGACUCGUUUUAAUGACCUUAACAGUCUUGAGUACUAAAUUGAGAACUGCAUCAUCUGAUUGUUUUACAUUUUAGAGAACAAAAUAACAUUAAUGUAAUCUGGAAAGUACAUAUCACUUGGUAUGUCUGUCUUGGUAGCAGUGUUGACACAAUUAUAACUUUAUCUACAUGGUUGGGAAUCACUGAUCAAGAAAGUAAAAGAAGAAAAACUAUAAUAACCUCAAUCCUCAGUAGGAAUUAGGUUACAUUAGUCAGGUAAAUUUAUAGGUCACCUAUGUAUGUGCUAACGGAGAUGGGAAGAACCCUUACAAAGCAUAUCUGGUAAAACUUGAAUAGAGUGGGUUUGGGAAAGCAUCCUAACAGGAUUGUUGUGUCUUGUAGUUGGUACAUGGGAGCAAUUGAUGUGACCCCUUCAGAACUUUAACUAUUGGUAUCAAUAACCAGUGAGCAGAGCUCUGACUCCCAGGCUAAGCUGGCUGAUCAUAAAGCUAUAGGACAUGGCAGUGCUCAGCCAGAGCACAAUGAGAAAGGAAGAGUCAACAAACUUAGAGGCUGGGCUGUCCCUGUGUGGGAAGGUAUGUUCCAGUUUCAUGGAUAAGGUGUAGGUAUUAAAAUUAACCUCUCCUUGUUUGGAUUCCACACUCACCAAAUAACCUGAUAACAACCUGGUUUUCCAUGUAACUGCCUCUAGGAAGGAAAUGCACUGUUCAUUCUGACAUAGGUGUUUCAGUCUGCAUGGUAAAAGUUAUACAGCUUACUACAAAAUAAAUUGGUUGGUUUCUAAUAUGUCUUGGUAGUUUUGUUGUGAGUCCUAAGUCCUCCUACCUCCUGUUCAAACCAGAACUUGGUUGCCAGUUAGAGGAUUGAGGUCCACACCUGAGGGUUCACUGCUGCAUCUUCUUGGCAGCAGCUUGCUGACUCUUCUUGGCCUUAUCUUGUCUCCUGGUGCCUUUUCCAGGCAAUAGUCCAGUCAGUGUGUAGUCUAAAUUGAGGUUAGUAAAAUGGCCUAUGGGCCAGAUCCAGCCCAUGGCUUGUUUUUGUAUGCUUAGGAGCUAAGAAUGGCCUUUACAUUUUUAUUUUUUAUUUUUUUAAAAUAUGUUUUUAUUGAUUUUUUUUUGUUAGA